AAAAAAGAGCGAAAGGAAUCGUGUCACAAAUUCCAACCAACUCCUCUCUCUCUCUCUCUCUCUCACUCUCCUCCCCCCAUACCCGCAUCCUUCAAAAGCCCGUCUGGCCCCCGAAAAAUGGCCAACCGAACCGAACCCCUCCUCGUCCCAGGGCCCAGGCAUCUUAACCCCCCCCCCCCCCAAGGCAAUCAUACCAGGGCAAACAUUUACGAGCACACCGAACUAGGCAGGGGGGGAACAAGUUGGAGUUGGUGUUGGAGCAAGAAGGAACCAACAGCAUAUGCACGUCUGUAAUUGCAGCUGUCAAAUUGGGAAUGUGAAGCGGCGUUUUCUGCAGAGGGCCCGCUAAUCUUUUUCCACUCUGGCCGCGCUAUGGAAUGACACGACCGGGGAGGGAAGCGAGCCGGGGGGUUGUAUGCAGGCCGGGCCGGCCCCCGGGUUAGUGGGCGAAGGAAAGUCGACUCCCUUAGCAGUAGGUUGGUGGACAAGCGCUUGAGUGAAGGAUAAGCGCUUCAAUGACUACUUGAACCGAGCUUGCUUGAUCGAUCCAGUAUG